AUGGAAAACGUUUACUCAAGGGGAGGAAGAGAAAUCUUUUUCGGCGCCUUUCCACGUGACAUCAGACGUUCUAAUAGGGGACUUAUGUUGGUUGUUUCCCUUCCACUGCUUGCCUGCUAUCAUGAGCAUCUUGGACCGGAGACAUCCUCCCUUAAGUCGUUCCUCUCAUCUCUCACUGCCCCCUUUAAUGAGCACCUCGACACAAUCUUCGCAGUCGCUCAACCAAAUACUGUGAGCACCGUGCUUAUUGAGAUUGAAAAUUGUUUUAGCGCGGACAUUGAACAGCGUGUUGCGGAACGCUGCCAGCUCGACGAGAAAUAUCAAGAUUCGGAGGAUCGGAUAGAGUUCUCCGUCAAAUCGGACUACGUUGAGGACGUGCUGGAUUUCCUCGAAGAGCUGCCUCAAUCCCGCAUCUUUCGGGUCAACUACGAGAACGUAUCUCCUGAAGCUCAUUUCCACCUCAGGGUUGCGAUUCCUAGUCUACCACACGACUUCGCUGCUACUGGUUGGGCAGAACUUAACCAUGGAGUUCUCUGUGCCAACUUCCCAGAAAUAAACUAUUACAAAAUCUUCACGUCUACGCUCCAGGCCACGUAUAAGGGCCACAACGGCGGCAAAUCAGCUGAUACCAACAUUGUGCCCCAAGCCCGAUUCACUGUAGGCGCGUCGGGCUUCCCGAGCGUCAUAGUGGAAGUCGGGUAG